AAGAUAACAGCGUGUCCCUUCUGAACCUUGCAAAGCAAAUUUUUUUGUGCUAUAUUUGUGGGCCUCAGCUUGAACUGCAGAGUCAGAAUAGAGGAAGUUCUUACCCACCAGCUUUAGCAGAUAAGAGCUUUGCAAUAAGCAGCUGAUAUUUAACGUUUGCAUGCUGUAACCGUUUGAUCACAUGGAUCUGCCUCUGCUCACAGAGCCAAAAGCAGUGUAUUAAAAAAUAACCCGAUCAAAAAGAGACUGGCGUGAUGUGCUGUAAUUUCAAUGUAGUACUUAAGUCCAAGGAUGGGGAUUUGGAUGAGGCAGUACAGUCUGUAGACCUGCUACCAAGUCAUGUUUACAGACUGUGAGUGAAGGGAGCCUUGAUUUUUAUCACCUAGUCUGCAGUGGGGUUAGCUAUUAAAGUUUAUGAAGCAAAGCCGAGAGCGUGGGGGGGAAAGCACCGGUGGUAUGCUUCCAGCGUACCAAGGGCAUGAUGCAGUUUCUUUCUUUUUCUUUCUUCAACGUGGAGCUUUUACCAGUGAAACAGCUGUACAUGGGAAUCAGCAUUUGCAGUUUAGUACAGAAACACAUGCAGGCUUAGCACCAAAACACUGCUUCUGGAAAACGUGUUAGCAGAUAGUUUGGCUGGACACUAAAAGGAACCCAGUGAAGUAAGAAGGAGCAGAAAGAAAGGCAGAGAGAAGUGAAACGCUAGAGCUAGAGCAUCACGAAGGGAUUCAUGUUUGGAGGCAAGCAUUGACAAGUUGAAGAAUGUGUGAGCAGGUAUGAAUGUUGAGUGUGUGUUGCUUUUGUUACGGAGAAUCACAGACUCUCGGGAAGCUUAAACUGUUUUGUGAGGAAGAGAGAUAUUAAGCUGUCCGCUCCUGUGUAGUAUUUAUCAUACAAGGCUCUAUAGAUCGCCGUGUAUUACAGAAACCGCAGGAGACAGAAUGCUAAAGGGAGCUUCCCUUGGAGGAAACCACUGUCUCGCAGCAGCCGACUUAGCAGCUUCCUGGGUAGUGCCACAUUUUCAGUUGGAGAUCUUCUGAGGGCAAAAGAUGAACGACUGACCUUGAGCCUCAGGUCAUCUGAUGGUGUGUGCACAGCAGGAACAGUGGUGGUGAGUCGUCUGAAGAUGGGGGAGAUGGAGGAGGUUGAUGUGGACCAGAUCACCACAGACAUACCGUCACAGAAGUGUCCACUGGUAUGUGAGUCUGCGCACCAUUCUUGCACCGACAGAGAAAAUAACCCAUUGACCGGGCCAGUGUUCAAGAACCCAGUAUGCAAAGUGUACAGAUUUCAAACAGUGGACAGCAAGUGGAUGCUUGUGCGGGAACAAAUGGAGGAGUGCACUCUGUCGUUCAGUAUCCCCAAACAGCUGCUCGCGCUGUACAUUCAGGAGGACAUGAGUAGGGUACAGGAUCUAAAGGAGCUGGGAGAUCUUUCCCCUCACUGGGACAACUUACGGAAGGAGGUGAUGACACGAUAUGCAGGAAUAAUCAGCUCCUACCAAGAGACCUUGGCUGAAAUGGACAAGAUUAACGGUUGCUCAUUCAAGCCAAGCUGCUGCAAAGCUCAAAAGUCUCUGGAGUUUAUUCCGAUAAACCUGCACACCCAGAGGAUGAGGGUGACAUGCCCCAAAAAAACAGAUGCGUUUUACGACAUCGUCACUGUUGGUGCCCCAGCUGCCCACUUCCAGGGCUUUAAAGGUGGUGGUCUCCAGCGACUCCUGAGCAGAUAUGAAGCAGAGAAAAAGAGAUUCAGCACUGCCUACCAGUGUAUCUACUACUCCCCAGAGCACACAGCCAAAGCUCAGGAGGUACUCAACAUCAUGAGCCUCCUCCAGCCCCUCAUCACGAGGUUAGUGGACCAGCUCCUUCAGGCUGCCCAUGAGCACUCUUCCCCUGGACUGAGGGAUGCACUCAAGCACCUUUCUGACAAGACAGAACAAUUUGUUCACACACUUAAGGAUGAAUUGGUCAAGAGUGCACUCCUAGCGCUGCAUGCAGCGCAGCCAGGCUACGUUUCCAAGAACCAGAAGUCGACUCGGGCGCAGAGCCAACACCAAGGCCACACAAACCAGACCAAUGACCAGAAUCAGAACCCAAUUCAGGGACUUCCAGGCCACAGUCCACCGACGUCAGUCACUGAGACCACAGUGGUGUGUAAUAAUGUGGAAGGAACCCAAACAACUGCUGGAGGAGAGCCUUUGUCACUGAAGCACCAAGACACCAUACCCCACCAUAAAGAGUACGAUGAGGAGGAAUGGGACAGGCUGUGGGCAAAUGUGGCCAAGUGUCUCAACUGUGUAAUCGCCAUGGUGGAUAAACUCCAGGAAGAAGACAACACCAAGCAGGAUCCAGUCCCAGAACAUCAGCUAGCUGAUGUCAUCACCUCCCACAAUCCUGGUGACUGGAGGGAGCAGUUGUGUCCUCUGGUGACCCGGUUAAAGGACUGCGUGAUGGAGGUGGUGGAGAAGGCGAAGAGAGCCAUGACCUUUGUGCUCCUGCAGGAGGCAGCCUGCAGCAUUCCACAGGGCUUCCUGCUCCAGCAGAGGCGAGACAUAGUCUUCAGUCAGGCACUGGCAGCCUUGGCCUGUGGUUUCGUCAUGCGGUUGUACGCGGGAAUGCAGGACAAAGGCUUCCUGAGGCAGCUUCACCUCGUUGGCCUGGUUGCUCAGUUUGAGAGCCUGCUCAGCACCUACAGUGAAGAGUUCGGGAUGCUGGAAGACAUGGAAGUGGGGAUCUCAGACCUGCAGAGAGUCAUGUUCAAGAUUACAGAGGCCAAGUCCGAUGACCUCAGUGACCUUCAGCCUUUAGUUUGUGGCCGACGAGACCACUUCACUGUAGAAGUGCCAUUACCUAAACUGGUUUUCCAUACCUUGCCAGAGGAAAUCAAGGAGGGGAAGCUUCUCCGAGUUUUCCCGGUGCUCUUUAACGUGGGGAUUAAUGAACAACAAACAAUAGCAGAAAGGUUUGGAGAUAUCUCUCUACAAGAAAGAAUAAACCAGAAGAACUUUGAGACAUUAGAAGCCUAUUACAAAUCAUUAAGUGAAAAGGUGCCACUAGAAUGUCUACCGUGUUUUCAGACACAGACCGACAUAAAGGAAUUACUUGAAACUUUGGGCCAGAAUGUAGUCGCGAAGAAGAAAAAGAAUGUGGAGAUACUGUGGACUGCUGGAACGAUCUGCCGAAGGUUAAAUGGCAUCAGGUUUACCAGCUGUAAAAGUGCCAAAGACCGAACAUCCAUGUCUGUCACUCUAGAGCAGUGCGCUCUCUUACGUGAUGAACACCAGCUCAGCAAGGACUUCUUCGUGCGCGCUCUGGACUGCAUGCGCAGUCGACUGACCCAGGGAGACAUUGGGCAGUGGGAGGACCCUGAGGCUGGCGCCAUGACAGAGAACAAACCAGCAUCACGACACUUUUAUCCCAUUGCCCUGCUGCUCGUUAGCUCCCACUUACUGGUUGUGUGGCUCAUUUUAAGUCUUGUUUUUCUGCUUGCAAAAUAUCAAUAAACUGCUGACAAUGACAUCUCUACUCACUGCUUUUCUUCCUGUGUUCACUAGUUCUUCUUUUCAGUAGGGUUACUGCGGAUUAACGGGUAAUAAGCAAAUAAUUCAAUGUCAAACUCAGGCUGUAGGGCAUUAACGUCAGAUGUUUUUAUCUGACAAGAAAAUGCCUUCCUGAGAGUUACAUUAAGAUCACACUAACUGCCAAAAGUAUGAUUAUGAGACUGUUUCCCAUGGCUCAAACCAGACUCCUUGUUUUGUUUUGUUUUAAAUCAACAGCAAGAAUGCACAAGUCCAUCCGUCAGUGUACUCUCUGACUACUCAUGGUCAUGAAAGGACAUGUUACUUUCAGCAAUGUGUUUUUGACUAUAUUUUUUUUUACACGUAUGGCACAAAUGUGGCGUAAGCACACAUUUGUGCACACUCCCUUCUUUCCCAAUCUCGUCUUUUCAUUUGAAACGCUGUGGGGGUGAGGGCAGAUUGAGCAAAUCUCGAAAGCUAGAUAACUUAUUGAAAUGCCAAAUCAUUUAUUUUAGGAAAAGCAAAUCUUUUUAGCAACAUGUUACUGAAACAUGCUGCUGAUGUCAAACUUUGUAUCGGCACAUUAUUUUUUGUUGUUUUUGUUUUUUUACAAUUUACAUUUUAUAUGUUUUCUGUAUCAGCUGUUUGCCACAGUGGCUCAACUUAUAUAUUUACUAAAACACGAUAUUAUUUAUCAGAUCCAAGCAUUUCAUGCUAUAAAAGCUAAACAGCCAUCAAAGUAACUACUGAAUGCCAGCUAUAAUAUUUAAUACAGCCACAGAUGUACAUCUGUUUGUGUUCUGCUUAUUUCUAUUGGAGUCUGUCCUGGGCCCACCUAAUGAUGCGCGUCUUCACCGGUACAUUACUUCUUCUUUUGUUAAUUUAUGUUUUCCGUCUUUUUUGAGUGUUUUAAUAAUAACUUUCCAUUUGAUUUAUUUCAUACACAGCAGAUUUUGAAUACACAGACUAAUCUUUUUUUCCUUGCCUUUUUAACUCUAACUAAAAUAUCAUCAGUGACAAUGUCUCGACGCAUUUGUUUUGUUGAGUCAUUGUCUAUAUACACAUAUAGUAUAUAUUUACAAGGUUUCAGCAUUGAGGUUGGUUUUGUAUGGCCCUGGUCUUCUCCUGGGACUCGUAACAGUUUCAGAGUUAGACAUACAAAGUGUCCCUUGUGUGCAUGGUCUGAGAGAAGAAAGAGAGAGGGAGGCUGUGCUGCUUUUACAAAUCAACGUGAUAGAUUUUUGGAUAUUUCUCGCUCUUGUCCUGAUCAUCUGUAUAGCUUCGUCAUGAGUAAUGAAUUUGUUUUUUGAUUCGGCCUACAUGAGACAAUAGACGUGUGACAGAGCGUGAGAGGUGUGUUUGAAUCUCUGGCUCAGUGUGUCAGAGAUUGACAGCAGCCCUAACUUGAGACAAUAAAUAUUUUAGAAGCACUUACUGACUCACCAACCUGAGUUUACAUCUGAAGCCGGUGUUGUGUGGCCCGUAUUUACGUACUGUUGUAAAUGACUUGUUGGCCUGUGAUCUGUGAAACAUAUCUCAAAUAUAUCUGCAUGUGAAGUCAUUUUGAUGCACAAGCAACAUUCCUGUCACAAGGUAGAAUUAACUUUUUUAGAAAGCUUCUUACACCCAUUGUUGAAGCGCUUAGCAGGUUAGCAGCCACCAAUUUGUUCAUCUGAACUGAAUGGAGCUCAUUCAGUGGUUUACAGCUGCUGA